GGCCAAGCGCGGGGGGGCGUGGCCCGGCGCGGGGGCGGGGCCGGCAGGGCGGAAGUGGCGCCAGGAUUCAAAGCGGCCGUUGAGGCGGAAGCGGCCGUUGCCGGGGCUGAGAGCCGAGCCUGCGAUGCCGCCCCCCGUUCCUUCGCGGGGGGCCCCCCCCGGCGCGAGACCCCCACGGCCGAGCUGGCGGGUGCUGGCCGAGAGGAACCAGAGCGUGGCCCCCGUGGGCGCCUGGGUGGAGAGCGGCCCGCAGGAGCCCGAGCAGAGCCUCGCCUUCGCUUCAGCGUUUCAGGUCGAAGAAGAACUAAAGGAGCAGGAGAGGGAGAAAGCGGCGAGCCUGAGGCGUUUCCAGGGAGAGGUAAAGCAGAGGGUGAAUCAGCAAGUCAGGAUGAGAAGAAAGCAGCAGCUGCAGAGAUCCUAUGAAGCGGCAGAGAAGGAGAGCUGCGUUGCCCUGCGGUACUCGGACUCGGCGCUGCACUUGACGCCCAAGAAGAACACGUGUGUGUUUCAGAGCAACCCCACCUCCGCCAUCUGCAGUCCCCGCGCUCGCUCGGCCCCCGCGCAGCAGCUUGGAGAGCAGGAGCGAGGGCAGCAAAACGAGUUGUUCCAGCAGCAAGCCGCCAAGCUGAGCAAAACCGUGAAACAAGUCCGUCGCCGGCUGGCGUCCUGCAGAACGGUGCCCGACGGAGCGGGGCCCCCCGAGCUCCCCGGCGGCAUCUGGAGCGUCGGCGCGAGGCGAGAUAAACCGGUGUCAUACGGGACCGCCCCAGGACCUACAGAAGAUGAGGGUGAGGAGUUUCUUCUAGCCGGACAUCACGACCUUCCAGCUGAACUGCAAGACCAGGCGACUGCCCCGCAUCAGGCUGCGCAAGAAGAUGGCUUCUACUUCAAAAUUGAAUUUGAAAAACUUUGCGGCGGAUCAGUGAAGGAUUCAAGCUUGCCCACCUCUCCCCAGAGACCGACCACUGGUUACCGCGCUCCCCUCGAGCUCUGGGCUGGUGUGGACAGAGAGGAAACGAAGAAGCAGCGUCAGAACGAGUACCUGCGAUACCGGCGCCUCUUCAUGGAUAUCGAGCGGGAGCAGGUGAAGGAACAGCAGAGGCAGAAAGAGCGGCAGAAGCGAAUCGCCAAGAUUAAGAGCAAGAAGGAGAACCAGCGUCGCGCGGAGGAGCAGAGGAUGCAGGAGAUGGCUCAGCAGCAGGAACCCUGCUCGGGGGAGAGAACCUGCGAAAUCCUGGCCCAGCUCAAGCUGGAGGAGAGGAGACUGAAGAAGAUCAAGGAAAAACAGCAGCGAAAUAAGGAAUACAUGAGGUACGUAGAAGCUCUGAGAGCCCAGAUGAGGGAGAAGAUCAAGCUGUGCAACAUCGACUUGCCUCCGCUGUGCUCCUGUGGGUCCGAUUUCUGGGACUCCCAUCCAGAUACUUGUGCCAACAACUGUGUCUUCUACAAAAACCACAAAGCGUACAGCCAAGCUCUGCAGUCCGUCGUCUCGUCCUGCGACCUCGCGGACGGGAAUUCGACGGCGAGGCUCCCGAUCCGCAGCUUUGCCGCUCUCUGCGCUCCUUCUGCGAAGCACCCGUGAAGAGAGCCGCCGAAUCGCCCCGCGUUUCACCGACCGCCCCGGGGCGCGUCGUAAGUAGACGUCGCCCGUGUCCCGGCGCGAACGGAGGAGCGGGGCUGCGCCGCGGCCUGCUGCUUGUCGUUGGCCGGGGUCGCCUAGCGCAAAGGGACGUCCGCUCUGCUGCUGUUCGCGCUCGGGGCGUUUGGUUUUGCUCGGGGCGCGCGACUCGCCUGCAGCCCUGACCCCGCUGCUCCCGCUGUCCAGAAGCGCAGGGUGACGGUAGGUGUGAAGGAGCCGACCGCCGUCCCGCCUCGUUUAUAAGCCGACACUUGAAUUUUGGCCUUCAGCUGCAGAACGAACCGUUUGCAGCGUGUGUGUGUGAUUCUCUUCUCUCCUUGGAGUGAGAAAUAAAGUGAAAUAAGGAGAAAUGA